AUGUUGUGUCCUACUAAGGAUGAAACCUCUGCAAGCUCUACGGAGCUGUUCAAGUCAUUUCGAGUAUUAGAGAGGUUUGACAUGAGCUACUGCAACUUAAAGUUUGAAUGGAUGUUACUGAAUGAUGUUGCACAGCUGAAAUUGACAGAUGAGACGUCCCAAAAUUUCUUGUUGGAUCGUCCGGAUGAACCUCAUCCUGACCGCAAUACAUAA